AUGGCUUCGAUUACCUCGAUUGUUAAGACCGCCGACUUCAUCUUGUCGAGACCCACCCUCUCGAAGGUCGUGGUCCCCUUGGCCAAGACCUUCUCCGCCUACUCGGGCUACCGUGAAAUGGGCUUGAAGUUUGACGACAUCAUCAUUGAAGAAACCCCCAUCAUGCAAACUGCCCUCAAGAGACUCCCUGCCGAAGAAAAGUACGCCAGAGUCUACAGACAAAUCACUGCCCACCAAUUGGCGCUUUCCCACGAAUUGUUGCCCGCCGCCAAGGCCGUCCAACCCAACCAGGACAACCACUACUUGAUCCCUUACAUUUUGGAAGCGGAAAAGGAAGCCUUCGAAAAGGCCGAAUUGGACAACAUUCAGGUUUAA